AUGGACCAACUUUGUGUAGCGCUACAAGGCUACAUCGAGAGUGGGGAGCCCGUCGAGCUUCAAACUGCAUACAUGGCUCUCACUCUUGAUGUCAUCUCCCAAUAUGCCUUUGAGGAGCAGGUCUCCUGGCAACAGCUCGAACAAUUACCUUAUCUGCGUGCUGUCAUUACGGAAGCGCAUCGGGUCCAAGCUGUUAUCACGACUCGAUUGAUCCGUAUAGCGCCAAACGAAGUGCUCAAGUUCCAGGACUGGGAGAUCUCAGCAGGCACCCCAACAAGCAUGACGACUCACUUCAUGCAUCUUGAUCCGACUCUGUUCCCUGAGCCUUACAAGUUUGAUCCGGAGCGUUGGCUCAGUCCAUCUACAGGACCAGAUCGUCUCGAACAAUAUGUCGUACCUUUCUCAAAAGGCAGCAGGGCCUGUAUUGGAUUGCACCUUGCCAGUGCCGAACUAUACCUUGGCGUCGCCAAAGUCUUCCGCAAGUCUGAUCUUGAGCUCUACGAGACUAGUUACAGAGAUCGGCUCAAGAGUGCCGAUACUGCGGAGCCCAGAGCUUGCCCUGCAUCGAGCCGUAUGGAAACUCCGGUGCCAGAUGAAGGAGCGGCACGAACCGCUGGCGGAAAUCCCUUGGAGGAUGUUCCUUAUCAGGUCGUUGUUGGUGGUGGCACUGCAGGUCUGAUUGUAGCAGCUCGAUUGGCAGAAGACCCCAAGGUCAAAGUCGCGGUGAUCGAAGCCGGAGACUUUUACGAGGAUGUCAAUGGUAAUCUGUCCAUAGUCCCAGGCUACGGUGCGUCAGUAUCGACUCCUGCCGUGGACCGGGGCUUCAAAUCUACACCGCAGCAAGCUCUCAAUGGUCGGCAACUCGACUACAGCAGAGGCAAAACCGUGGGUGGCUCUUCAGCAACAAACUUGAUGGCGUACCAUCGCGGCACAACCGACUCUCAUCAUCUCUGGGCACAAGCUGUUGGCGAUUCUUCUUUCGAGUGGGAUAACUUUCUUCCUUACUUCCACAAGAGUGUCAGGUAUACAGCGCCGAACAAUGCUCUGAGAGCAGCAAACGCCAGCGUGCCUGACCCCAGUAUCCAAUCUUACGGCAACGCAGGAGGUCCUUUGGAUGUCACUCAUUCCAACUAUGCAGAUCCGGUUUCCAGCUACGCAGGAUCGGCUUGGAAGGAACUAGGUCUGAAACAGCUCGAAGAUCUGACCAGUGGGUCUCUGAUCGGCAACCAAUAUUCACCAGCCACGAUUCGUGCAAGCGAACAAACGCGCUCCACGAGCAGAAGUAGUUUCCUGGAGUACGCCGUCAACAGUGGGCGCAACAACAUUUUUCUCUACAAGACCUCUUUGGCAGAAAAGAUUAAUUUCGCAAACAAGAAAGCUACUGGAGUGCAGGUUUCGUCGGGCUCUCAGAGGUUUACUCUGAAGGCUAAAAGGNAAGUCAUCUUAGCAGCUGGAACGUUGCAGACGCCGCAGCUGCUCAUGGUAUCGGGCAUAGGUCCAAAAACCACAUUGACACAGCACGGCAUCAAGGUGAUCAUGGACCUUCCAGGAGUUGGACAAAACAUGGAAGACCACCUUUUCUUCUCCAUGGUCUACAAAGUCAACGGGGUGACACUAUCACAGACGUUGACACACGCCGGAUUCGCAGCACAAGUUGAAGCCGAGUACAACAAGAACCACAGUGGCAUCCUGACCAACACAGCAGCAGAUUACUUCGCAUGGGAGAAGCUGCCUUCCGAGUACAUGUCAAAUCUAUCUCCACAAGCACAAACCGAUCUCGCAGCUUUUCCGUCCGAUUGGCCGGACUAUGAGGUAGUCAUUGGGGAUGUGCCAUUCGCAGCCGGCACAAACUAUGCCCAAGCGAUUNGGUAUGCUACAAGUGGCAUCCGCGCGCGCAUCUCGUCAGCCAGCAUGACGGACCCACCACUUAUAGACACACAAACACUGGCAACGACCACCGACCAGCGGGUCGCCGUGCAAGUCAUCAAACGCAUGCGAGAACUGUGGUCGACCAAAUCAUACAGCGCCAUCACAAGCAGCGCAGACGAGAUCCUGCCAGGCGCUUCUGUGCAGUCCGACGAGCAGAUUCUCGAAUACUUGCUAGCCAACGCCGGAUCUGGCAAGAUGGGUAGUUCCAAUGACGCGAAUGCGGUCGUCACAACCACUGGUAAGGUGAUGGGAAUCAAGAAUCUGAGGAUUGUCGAUGCUUCUACCUUUCCGCUUCUGCCUCCUGGCCAUCUGCUGGCUACUGUCUGUGAGUUGUGGCAAUCCUCCCCCGAGACGAAUAUCAUCAGGUUCUAA